AAUGGAUCAGAAUUUAAAAUAUUCAUUGUUUAUUUUGAUUUGAGAAUCAUAAAAAUAUUUAAAUCACCUUCAUUACGUAAUUCUGACACAAACAUCAAUCACGACGACAAUGUCAGCCGCAUUACGUAGUUCGGACCUUAAAUAUCCUCCAGGGUGUCGUGAGAUCACAGAAGAAUUGCCCACAGAUGAUCUCAUCAGAAGGCUCAAGGAUAUUGCCAUGGCAUUUCAACAAAUGUCACAGGAAGAGAAUAAUAAAAUCUACAUUCCAUUGGCACUAUAUCUGGCCAGUGACUUUUUUCUUGAACAUUCAUCACGCGAUGUUCGAUUGUUGGUCGCCUGUUCCAUUGCUGAUGUAUUUCGUGUGUUUGCACCAAAUGCUCCAUAUGAUCGAGCAGAUAUAAUCAAAAGAAUAUUCAUGUUUUUCAUUCAACAGUUAAAAGGGCUACAAGAUCCGAAAGAUGCUACAUUUAAACGUUAUUUCUAUCUUCUCGAAAAUCUUGCCUGGGUUAAAUCAUUCAAUAUUUGUAUCGAACUGGAAGAUUCUCAACAAAUUUUUUGCGAACUAUUCUCACUAAUGUUCAAGAUUGUAAAUGAGAAUCAUAGUGAAAAAGUCAAAAAUUUUAUGUUAGACGUUUUGAAACCGUUGAUAAUUGAAUCGGAUACAGUUUCGACGAAAUUGUUGCAGAUAAUCUUGAUGCAGAUUAUCGAUCCAAAAAAAUCGACUAACAAACAGGCCUAUUGGUUAGCAUCCCAAAUCCUUGAUAAGACAAGUAGCACAUUGGAACCUUAUAUAUCGUCAUUUUUCUCUAAAGCGAUAACACGUGGUGUAAACGAAAAUGGUGACGUUUCAGACGGUGAAAAUGAGGACGAAGAAAUGACUGAAUUGAAGCAAAAAUUUCGCAAGAAUAAAUCCAAUUCAAACCCGAUCGAAGUAGCUCAGAUAUGUGAUUUAAUUUAUGAAUUGAAUCAAAUCUGUCCAAAUAUUGUCAACGGCCUUUUGCCACAUAUCGAAUUCAAAUUGAAAACAAACGAAGAAAAAGAGCGUUGUGAAUACACUAAACUUCUGGCUCGUCUAUUUUCUGAUCGUAAUUCAGAUUUGGCCAAAAAUUUUCCCGAAGCUUGGAAACAAUUUCUUGGACGUUUUAGGGAUAUCAGCGUUUCGGUACGAGUUCGCUGCUGUCAAUAUUCUAUGCAUUUUCUUGUGCAUCAUAAAGAUUUGCGACAAGAUAUAACUGAACAGUUGCGACAACGACAGCAUGAUGCUGAUGAAAAUGUUCGCUAUGAAGUUGUCAUGGCUAUUGUUAGUGCCGGUAAAAAAGGAAUUGAAAAUAUUAAUGAAGAUUUGUUAGGUUUCGUCAAAGAACGUACCCUGGACAAAAAAUUCAAAAUUCGUCGUGAAGCGUUGUUGGGUAUGGCGCAGUUAUAUAAACAAUACAAUUAUCAUAUAUCCACAUCGGCUGCUGCACACCAAUCAGAUCCUGAAUCUACAGAAGCUGCACAGGCUUCAUUGCGAAUGCUGAGCUGGAUCAAGAAUAAGUGUAUGCACAAUUAUUAUCAAGCACAAUUGGAAGACAAAUUAUUGGUCGAACGAAUCGUUCACACCUGUUUGGUUCCUUUUUCGUUAAAUCUUUCUCAACGGAUGAAGGCACUGUACAUGUUUUAUUGUUCGAUUGAUGCUCGCGCUUCUCGUGCAUUCAAUGAACUUCUUCGUCAACAACAAGCUGUUCGUCGACAGAUGAAAGAUGUUAUGGACAUUAUUUGCCGAACGGAAAAAAUUGAAGAUAAAGAUAUGAUCUUGAAGCAAAAAGUUUCAUUGGUUGCAAAAAAUCUCACCGAACCUGUAAAAGCAGAGGAAUAUAUAAAUAAAUUGUGCCAGAAUCUUGAAACAAACGUAACAGCUAAACAACACAUGAAUAUGAUCGUUACAUCGGCUUCAUUUAUACAAUUGACUGAAGAUGGAAAAUAUGUACCACCAGCAUCUUCGGCCACAAUCGAAAAUUCCGUCCGCGAGAUCCUCAAAUCUCUUGGAUUUCCCGUUCAGACAAAUUCAUUCUAUAUGAUUAUUAAACAACUAAUGGAACGAAUUGCCCCGAUCAUGAUUGAUCAUCAAGGAUUACUGAUGAUAUUCAACUAUGUUUCCGAUUCAUUGAUUGGCGAUGGAGAAUUGGAUGGCCAGAUGGGCUUGCAUAAUUCUGCUAUUCGUGGAUUACAACUGAUUGAAAUUUUAUCGGUCGUUUUUCCUGCUUUAUUCUAUGGCCGAGAUAUUUUCAACACUUAUCUAUUGCCAUUUUUAUGGCAAUGCGAUGGAAAUCCUGAAGUGGCCGAAAUUGUUUUACAAAUUUUGACCAAUAUAGGUGCAACUGCUUUUUCUGAUUCAGAUACUAUGGAAAAUACAAUCAUUCCUUGGUGGGCAGAAAACGAAGAUUUCGUCACUCGUUUAAUCGAUAAAUUUAUCCUCAACGCUUCGACAACAAAACAAGCCAAAUAUGCUAUCAAAUGUUUGAAUUCGAUCAUAUUGGAUGAGAAUGAAAAGAUUAAGAUUUAUGGCGAUAUUAUCGACAAGAUCAAAGAGGCCGGUCUUUCUUUAGAAUCUACACCAUAUUUUCGUUUUCAUUUAGUUGCACUUGGUAUGAUCGCUGUAAAUGGUGGUCAUUUAUUUUUUCCGAAAAUGUUACGUUCUAUUGUUCAGAAAUUUAUCGUACAAGGAUUGUUACUAAAAGAUAUACGAACAGAAUUGGAAAUCGAAACACUGCAAAAGUCUGAGGACGAAAAAGAUCAUAAUAAUGAUCUUAAUUCAAUUUAUGAAUUUCUAAGCGAUGAAGUUAAAGCUAAACAUGAAGGUAUCAAAUUACUGGUUCGAUGGAUUUUUGGUCUGAAAUUAAAUUCAAUUUUGGUCAUACAAGAAAAUCAGGCAGAUGCAAACAGUACCUAUCAGAAAGCUGCGUCCAAUGCUUUUCAAUUAUUGAAGACGAUUAUUAAAAAUGGUGGCGAUUUGAACGAGAAUGACCGUGCCGGUACCGUUGUGGAGAAAUCAUUUCUCAAACUUACGGCUGCAUUGGCCAUGAUAAAGAUUGCUUCUAAUGAUGCACUUUCAUCAAUUUCUUCGAAUAAUGAGCCUGUGUUUCAAAAGUCGACAUCAACAUUGGAUAUAAUGUCCGUUCAUCAAUGGCAUUGUUUGGCAACUGUUUUACUUGAUCCCCAGGAAUUUGUUCGCGAAAAGUUUCUUAGCAAAUUAAACAAAGGUCUUAUGUCAUUGAAUUUGGGACUUGAAUUUUUGGCUUAUUUUUCACUGGGUGGAAUAUUUGAAAAUAAUGUGUUCAGGAAUAAGAUGAAAACCUUUUUACAUUUGAAUAUGGUAAAACGGCGUGAUAUUGUUAAAUCACGAUUGACCCCAAAUUUGAAAAGCGUUGUACCUGAAUGUGUCAUGCCAUUUGUCAUACAUCUAUUGGCUAAUAUGCCAUUCUUCACUCAGCACGAUGAUAUUGAUCAAUUGGAAAAACUUAAAGAAUGUCUUUGGUUUGUUUUGGAACCAUUGGUAUUGAAAAACGAACUUUAUUCGUUUUCAUUUUUUAAAAAAACAUUCGAAAAUAUAAAACAGUGCGUAGAUCGUGUGACCGCUUCACAGGUGAAAGCAUCUAAUAAUGAUCCUAACGUUGUUAAAUUGGCCACAAUUGUCAAUCAUAAAAUAUAUGCAGUAGCUGAUCUGGCAAUGGGCCUAGUCAUAUGUAAAACGCAAAAUUUUCUGCUCAAAGAAUUUCCUGUGCCACCUAGUUUGCCAGGAAAAUAUUUUACCGCCUCUUCUAAUGCUGACAAUUUAACAAAAAAUUAUCUGCCCGUUGAAAUGCAAUUUCAACCACCGAAACGUUGUGGUCUUGAAACAGAAAUGUUAGGCCGUUUAUCGAAAUCAUUUUCACAGUCAAAUUCUGGUAAAAAUAAAAAGAGCGGAAAAUCAGCAAAAAAUCAACAUCAACAACAACAUUCUUUGAAUAACGAUAAUCUUAUUGAUGAGUCAAGUUUGGUCGAUCAAAAUGAUAAUUCCAACAAUUCAUUGAUUCAACAACAAUCGAAUACGACUGGUUCUAGAACACGAAAACAGCAAAUUGUAAUGUGUUCGGAUAAUGAAAAUGAUUCCAAUCAAUCAGUACCGUCAACAAGUAAUGCAGUUAAUAAUAACGAUAUAAAUGUGACUGCCAGCGUCGAUAUUGAUGAUAUUGAAAAAGAAAAGUCAGAUGACCAUACUUUGAUCAAUGAAAAAUCAGAAUAUGAUUUCGAUGAUGGUGACGAUCAACAACAACAGCCACAACAAAUUAAUCGAACUUCUUCAAACACUGUAGAAUCUGUUGGUGAUUCUGCCUCCAGUGGAGGACAAAAACGUGGUCGUGGUCGUCCUCCAUCCAAACCUGUACCUUCAUCAACUGCGGUAGUGAAUAAAAACGAUACUCCCAAUCAAGCAUCAUCACCUUCAAAUCGCGAUGGAUCACCACCACGCAAAUCAGCUCGUAUAGCUCACAAAUCACCUCGUCGAUCCCCAUCUCCUGAGCCAUCCAUCGAAUUGUCAUUAUCUUCCUCUCCUUCAACUGUAACCGUUGCGACAAAAUCAAGCGGUCGUCCACCCUCGCCCCAAGCCACAUCAACUCCAAUUCCUACUCGACAAACAACACGUACAAGCGGCCGUCUGGCCGGAAAAAAAUAGCCCAUACAUUGCACUUCAAAACAAGUCAUCAUUAUCAUUGAAUCAUUCAUUCAUCUUUUAUUUCAUUUUGCUUUUAGCAGGAAAUAAUUUUUUGGUAGCAAAAUAUCUUUUCCUGAUCCCACCAUGGAAUGAGCAGCCAAUUGAUUCAUAAAUUCUUCUCAUCAUUAU